AUGGAGAUCGUGCUCUUGAACUUUGAGCAUGCCAAGCCCAAAGAAUCCUUAAACUCCUUAAAGUGUCCAGUUGCUGAGCAGUCAGUGCACCACCUGCCGGUGCCCAGGCGAAGACACACCGCCUCUGAUGCCAGUGGAAGAGUCGCUGCAGCGACUGCAGCGACUGCAGGGACCGCCUCCUCCCAUGGGACGCAGUUGUCGCUGCCAAGGCAUUCCCGCCAUGUGCCCGGAAGCAGCUCCAGUCCACCGUCCAAUCUCCAUAGCCGCGAGGAGUCCAUCGUUUUCCCCGAGAUGGGUGGCAGUGAAUGUCCCCGAUCUCGGCAGCACACCUUGUCUGGCGAGCUGCCAUCCAUGGCCAUGGCCUCCCAGACUGUGUUGCCUGAGCCUCAGGAGGCAACUCGCAAGAUAUGCGAGCUGAAACACCUAGCGCAGUCUGCAGUGGCACGUGGAAGCACCAGGAGGAAUUUGUUGGAGGAACUGGUCGCUCGCGUCAAUGACCUCAACGCCUGUGCCAAUGCGCGUGGCAAGGGCCGCAGUGACAUGACGGUAGAGGUCUUGGAGGCAGCCGCCAAAGUCUUCCUAGCACAGGACUCUAUUUCAACCCCUGCUGCAUUGGCCCACGCUGCGUUAGCUCGCAGUGUUUUGGAAGGUUUCCUUGGGGUUCGCCGCUACCUCUCAGCUGUCUGUGAUCGACUUCUGUGGAUCGACCCACAGCUCUGCAUGAACGCAGAGCUGGAGAACGCCCUGGUUGCUUGGGAAGAUGCCUGGGAAUUGGCUUCGUCAUUUCUCCUGAAGAUGGACUUGUGCGAUGCCAUUUGUGGCGUGGCCGUCCAUGCUGCACGAGCCUGUGAGCUCGAGCCGAGCUUUGCCAACAUGAUUGACAAUCAGGAUGCCGAGCUAUUCCUCAUUUUGCCCAGGCUCGUGCUGCUAAGCGGCCUUCAAAGUGCCCCCAACAUGGCCUUGGCGCAGUCUCUGAUGCCUGACUUGGAGGUUGCGACGAAAGACUCGCAGAUUGAGACAGAUGCAGCGGGCGUGGAGCAUGGAAGCUCAUCCAAGAGGAGUGCCGUGGACCGGUGCCUGGCUGAUCUCUUGGUGGACGUGGAUUGGGACGUCCUGACGUGGCAAGUCAUCAAAGGUCCUGGAAAUGCCAAUGGAACUCUGGAGGCCUUUCUCUUGGAACUAGAAGUUUUGAGCAUGGAGCUGCAGCGCAAGGAGCCACAGAAAUGGAACCGCUGCAGCAGUGUUUUGCUCCACUGCAUCUGUGCUGCGUCUCGCCAAUGCUAA